UGCUGAGAAUUCCUUUUGCUUGGGUGUGGAGGGAGGAGAUAUUCUGGGAUAUCACAGUUAGCACCCAGCCAGGAUACAAGAUUUUUCACAUGGAAAUCUGAAGGGGGGGGGGAUUUGUAUCAUUCUUUUGGGACAUUUGUUGUACAGUCGGAAGGACAUGACAUUUUAUUGGCCUUUUUAGCCAAUAAUCAUUUAGUGACCAUGGUGUUGGUGUGUCACCGCUCUGGUUCUGCGGAUCCAGUUUCCCCUGCGUCUCAGCCCAGCUGGAACUGAUAGAAGUGGGAUUUGGUAGGCCUUUCGGCACCAUCCUCUCUCACAGAAUCUUCUUCAAGGAUCUUCUUUCGCCUCGGAUCUACUUCCUAACUGCCCUAUGGAAGCUUUUAUGCUGUAAACGAAUGAAUAUUUUUAUGAGGCACCUUGCUGCAGAGAUGGGUCAGGACCAAACAAAACAACAAAUCGAGAAGGGCCUGAGAUUGUACCAGUCCAACCAGACAGACAAAGCCUUGCAUGUUUGGACAAAAGUGCUGGAAAAGACCUCUGAUCCUGGAGGGAAGUUUCGGGUGCUGGGAUGUCUGAUCACAGCUCACUCAGAAAUGGGAAAAUACAAAGACAUGCUUAAGUAUGCUCUCGAACAGAUUGACACAGCCAGAGAAAUGGAAGAUCCAGACUACCUGACUGAAGGUUACCUGAACUUGGCACGCAGCAAUGAAAAACUGUGUGAGUUCCAGAAAACCGUCUCUUACUGCAAAACCUGCUUAAACAUGCAAGGUACCACUGUAAGCCUGCAGCUCAACGGCCAGGUAUGUCUUAGCAUGGGCAACGCCUAUCUCGGCCUCAGUGUCUUCCAGAAAGCACUGGAGAGCUAUGAGAAGGCCCUGCGCUACGCACACAACAACGAUGACAAGAUGCUGGAGUGCAGAGUCUGUUGCAGUCUGGGAAACAUCUAUGUUCAGCUGAAGGAUUAUGAAAAAGCCCUGUUCUUCCCAUGCAAAGCUGCCGAACUUGUCAAUGAUUACGGUAAAGGGUGGAGCCUCAAGUAUCGAGCUAUGAGUCAAUACCACAUGUCUGUGGCCUACCGGAAAUUGGAGCGGUUGGCGGAUGCCAUGGAGUGCUGUGAGGAAUCAAUGAAGAUCGCUCUGCAGCAUGGCGACCGUCCUCUGCAGGCUCUGUGCCUCCUGAACUUUGCAGACAUUCAUCGCUACAGGCAUGCUGUUGAUAAAGCAUUCCCUCGAUACGAUUCUGCCCUGGCGAUCAUGACAGAGAUCGGAAACCGUCUCGGACAAGCUCAUGUCUACCUGGGAGUUGCAAAGUGCUGGCUUUUGAAGAAAGAACUUGAUAAGGCUCUUGAGUCUUUACAGCGAGCGCAGGAGUUGGCAGAUGGAAUGGGAAACAAGCUGUGCACGCUGAAAGUUCACUGCCUGAGCGAAGGAAUCUACCAAAGUCGUAAGCAGCAAGAAGAAGUCAGAGAGCAGGUGGUCAAGUUCCUGCAGUGCGUUGAGGAGCUCGAACUCUAUUGCGGCAUUUGUGGAGAGUCUAUUGGGGACAGGGAUCAAAAACUGCAGGCCCUGCCCUGUUCCCACAUCUAUCACCUCAGGUGUCUGCAGACAAAUGGGACAAAGGGUUGUCCUAAGUGUUUUAAGUCCUCCAUGAAGCCUGGAUUCGUUUGACUGGAAGCUCACACUUUUGCCAUGGAUCUGCAGAUGUUGCGCAAUUCUUCACAGGCUCCUGGUUGGUUUCCCAAAAGCAGGUGGCCUCAGGGAGAGCGGAAAAUGUUGAAAGGAGCAGAAGAUAACUGCUCUGUGUGAAGGAUGCUGACCUGAACCAAGGGAGUUCCCGAGUGCAGCUCAGAGGAGUCGGAUCGAGGCAUCCAACUCAUUUGGACAUCAUUCUGAUGUUAGCAGAGGAGAUGCUGUGAAUCUGUCAACUUUCAAGAUAAACUGGAGAACCAACAUUUAAUUACAGAAAAAAAAACUUUCAAAGCAACAGAACUUUCUGUCUGUCUUAUGCAUGAUGACUAUCUUAAAAAAAUGAGCUAGAAAGUAGAAUUAAUUCCCACAGUUUUAAUCUCAAGGUUUAUUGUUAACAUAAACAUUAGAGUACUACUCUGUUUAAACAUUUCUGUUGAUAUAUUUAUACCCCAUUGCAGAGGUCAUUUUUUAAAAUGAUGCUUUUAUUUUUUUUUAUUUCUCAACAUACUAGAAAAAAACAAUUCUAAAUUCAACAUCAUAUUCUAUUGCUAAUUUCUUUUUUGAGUUGCUUAGUUUGUUUUAUAAAAUCUAAAAUCUCUUAACUAUUCAAAAACUAAUAUGUCUUUACUAACCAGGUAAUAGCAGCAGCUUUUAUUCCUUAACAUUUGAACAAGAGACUGGAUCAAAGCACGUCAUUUCGAUAGAAAUUCUUUCUGUGUGUGUCAUCUAGGAAACAAUCUAACACAAAAGGAAACCUGUUUAUUGGUUGGGUUUUUGACCAAUCAAAAAGUUACUCCGCUUUUUGGCAAAAAAAAAUUGUGCACACAGUUUAUUUUAUUGUAUCUCAUUUUUGUAUAUUCAAUGGCAUUAAGAGAGAAAGCUCUCACUGGAACAACUUUAUCAGUGAGCAUGUUCUAUUUGUGAUGCUGAUCAUCAACACAAUCCUGUAAUUGUUCAGUACAAUGUUACUAUACUUUUUUCUUAAUAGUUAUUGAGUGUUUACCAAUAAUAUUCCAUGUAAUUUAUUAAACAGCUACUGUUAUGA